AUGGGUAGAAAGGAAUGUUAUUGCAGUCAUGCAUUCAAUGAAGCUAUAAUUGGUGGUUUUGUGGUAGGAGUUCUUGCUGUCAUUCUGCUCGUUAUGUUUAUUGUAUAUCGAAUGCGGAAAAAAGAUGAAGGAAGUUAUGCACUGGAUGAACCCAAACAGCCUCCCCAUUACUCAUAUGCUUAUCAGAAAGCUCCAACAAAAGAAUUCUAUGCUUGA